AUGCCGUAUAUAUCAUCAUCCAGAGCACUUAAAUUGAGGUGCACUUUUGAGACAAGUGAGACAGAAGAAGUCACUAUCAACAGUAUAGAUGAGAAAAAGAACCUCACAAAAUUAUGCCGCUUUGCGACUAAAAUUGAACUACUUGAUGCAUUAGUUUUUACCGCUGAUGGCUUAAAUCAGUCUGAUUUCAAUUUUCUCUUGGGCAAAGAGCUAAAUAUGUGCGUAGAAGCAAAAAAUACAAACUUAAAUGGUAUUAAAAUAGAGACUAAAACCAUCAAAGGCAACUGUACCGGGCCAGUGCUGCGGAUAAUAAAUAAUAACCAGUUAGAAUUUCUGAAAAUCGAAGAGGAGCUUUUAAAUAGCUUUAAAGGAUAUUCCGAAAAGCUGGUAGCAGUGCGAGGGAACACAAAAUUGAUUGAACAAGACUUGAAAGAACUACGCAAGUUUGGAAGCGUUAUAGAUCUUCAAGAGAGAGGAGAAUGCUCAAUGCCAGAACCUCUCUCAGACUUUGCCAGUAUUGCCAACUGUACUUCGAUCUAUGGCGAUCUCAGAGUCGAAACGACUACUCCCAUAACGAUAUCAGAUGCAAUGAAAGGAAGAUACAGAUAUGAAGGCUGUGUGAAAAUAGAGAACAGUACUUUGGAAAAUGUAGACUUUUUGGAAGCCUUCUCUUUCUUCAAACCAACACCCUUCUGUCGGCAAAGCAUUCGAUUCAAUAGAAAACUUUGCAUAAAAAACUUGAAGUAUAUUGCCAACGUUUUUGUCGAUAUAGAGGUUGACCACAACAAGGACGGCUGCAAUGAAGAAUGCGUUGGAGGAAUUGUGACAGAAAAAUACUUGAAGAAUAAUGAAGGUUGCAAACAUGUGUACGGAAAUUUAUCGAUCAUCGCCUGGAAAAAAAAGCCGGAAAACGUGGGAGUUCUGAGCAACAUUCGAAGCAUAGAGGGAAUACUUAUCAUCGAAGACAACAUAAAUCUACAAAAUUUCACCGAAUUUUCUAACUUGCAGGAGAUUGGAAAUAGAACAGACAACAGUGUUAUCAUGAUUAUCCGAAAUAACUCGGACUUGUCGGAUCUUCCAUUACCAUCUCUCGAUUAUGCCAGCAUAUGGAAGCCUGAUCCAAGGAUCGAACUCGUUAAUAACCCAAAGCUAACAAGGAAAAGUACGCAUUAUAUGACGCAACAUCCUGCGACAAAAAUACCUCAGACAGGCCUUCAACUUGAUACUCGUGAAGAAAAGGCACCAAAAAAGUUGAGGAUCUUUGACGCUGUAAUCGACUUUUUGGCUCUUCACAAGGCAUAUUUUAUCGUCAGUGUGGUUGCAGCAGUUAUGAUUAUUCUUCUCAUCCUGUUGGCAAUCACAUCAUCGAAGCUCAAAAGCAAAUCAAGAAGUUUACUACCUCUUCCUCCAUAUAACCUUCCCAAACGAUCAAAAGAAGUCCUUGCUGCAAUGUGUAAGGAUGUUGUAGUCAAUAUUCCUAUGGUAUGGUGCAUACUCGAUCGACCAUUACUGUGGCAUAAUGUUAUGAAAAACGAAGACUCAUCCUCCACUUCUCAGGGCGAAACGCCGAAGCAGAACAUGAUUGCUUUGGCACCGAAUGCUCUUGUUCAAACGGCGAAGGAAAGCGAUUACAACAAACCGCUAUUGCAACGUGUGCAGAUGUUUCUCGAUUACGACUACAUAGUCAUGAUUGGAAGCAGUGACGAUAUCACAAAGAUAGUUCCACGCUUGCCAAAACAAAUUGGGAAUCAAUCGUUGUAUAUGGAUGGACGGAACGGCUUUUCUGUAGCCUACAAACUGAUGGCUAUGGAGUACCUUUCGCCAAACAUAAUUCACUACAAGUACGAAGCCAGAAAUGUUCGGAAAAAGUCACAAAAAAUGCUUCACGUACUUUUUUACCUAUGGGAAAAGAAACGGCUUCCAAUAGAGUUUUUCGAGUUAAUGCAGCUGCUCAAGUUUUGCUCGCAAAGAAAAGUGAUGUGCGUAAGCGAUAGGAGAAAAGAGGUCUUCUCAUUAUUGUAUUUGAUUUUCAAACAAGUUAUGCUAUCAAAAGAACCGCCUAACAUCACGAAAACCUUUCAACAGCACCUUCGAAGCUGCAACGGCGCUCCUCUCGAUCGUUUUGAGAUGCUCUUUGUUAUGCGAUUCAUUUUACAUUGGGCUCAGGAAACAUCAAGCAUCCCCUUGCAGUUAAAAGAGAAGCAUUCGAUGUGGUGUCAUUUGUACACUCAAAUGUCGGAAAUUUCGGACAGACAUUACAAUUACAUGAGCAUUCAUCCUCAACAUCUUGCCGGAGAUAUAGCAUGGUUAGAAGAGGAUUUGAAAGCUGCGUACGCAUCUUUGACUGGUAUUUGUUCGUUUUCCGAACAUCCUCGUACUGCAAUGCUCGACAAAUAUCGUAUGAUGACUGAGGAAGAAAAGAAAAGGGAAGCAAAUCUGCAGGCGCAGACAGAUCCCAUUUAUAGCGAGCCGAGAAAAGAAAAAGAUCAAUUUAAUUUUUCACCAGCAAUUACUAAAAAGAAAUCUACCAGAAGCAUUAUACGAAGCAAAGAAAAAGUUAUUAGUAAAGAUAAGGAGACAUCUAUUGAGGCCAAUGAUUUGUCCAAGGAAGACAACGUUAAAGAGGAGUCCUUGGAAGAAAAACCAAAAAGCCGAUCUGUAACUAUCGAAAGUUCUAGCCGCGAAGGAGUCAAGCACGACAAAAGUCCUGAAAAAAAGCAUUUGCAGAUAACAGAUUACUGA